AUGGCGGACCUCCAAGCAAAGCUUCAGACUCUUUCGGACGAGUUCUCCAAAUUGCAAUCAGACCUCCAAACCCAGAUCUCGAUCCGUCAAACGCUCUCCAGCCAAGAGCAGGAGAACCUGUCCGUGCAGGCCGAGUUCUCCACGCUCAAGGAGCACAACACCGUCUACAAGCUGAUCGGGCCCGUGCUGCUCAAGCAGGACCAGGAGGAGGCCAAGAUGAGCGUCGAGUCGCGGCUAGGCUACAUACAGGGCGAGAUUAAGCGCGUGGAAGGCCUGAUCAAAGAUCUUCAGGACGGAAUGGAGAAGAAGAGGGGUGAGAUUGUGUCGACGCAGAUCGCGUUGCAGGGGGGGGCCAAGUGA